AUGAGCACGAGCGUCAGUGCUGUGACUGACGGGAAAACGGGCGGCAACAAGGGCCGCGGCAGGGGCCACACGCCAGAGCCCCAGCCGAUCGCCCUCGACCGUCAUGACUCGUCGGUCCCAACCGCCCGAACCCCCACGAAGUGGCCCAACGGUGAAUAUGAGGCCUCCAUCUCGCUGCACUCCAUGGUGGAUGCUGAGAAGUGGUGUUCCGCCUUGCGCCGACAGCAGGAGCCGCUCGCGGUCCUCGCCGUUAGCACAGGCAGUGACAACUGGGCGCACGCUGCGAUCCAGAUCCUAGUCCUGAAGGUCCCGCAUGGCGCCAAGAUGCCGCGGACGACAUUCACGGAGGGGGUCAUAUACCAGUUUGGCGAGACUGAGCUCGGCGCCCUGGACGCCAACGCGACCUUCAUGCGCAUCACCAUCCAUGAGGCCGACGCCCUUCUUGCCAACCCCACGGUGAAAAACGUUUUCAGCUCGCAGUUCAACGGGGCCGCACCCAUCGUGUCCGGAGGCCAGCGCAAAGACAAGCUCGGCACGACGGCGAACGAGAGAUGGAACCAAGCUCGCCGAUCUGACGCCAAACUCUCUCUCGACACUGGGCUGUUCGAGGUCAUCGCGCCCACCAUGAACGCUAUCUGCCCUGAGAUCGAGAUCCUCGACGAGCCCAAAGCAGAUGACAAGACAAAGGUGCACGCAGUAUGGUUCAACAAGACGAUCAGCAUGCAGGGCGCCUACUCUAUGGCCAAGUCCCACGGAGCUGCCGUGGGCAUCGCCAAGGGCGAUCGUUGGCAGUUCGGCAUGCGCGUGCUCUGUGAUCACCCUCAAGCAAAUGAAGCCGCCGCUGCUGUCCGAGGGUCUGACGUCGCACUGGCACGGCGCAAGUGGCGCAUCGACGACAUCCCCAGCGGUCGAGCCGCCAAGGGCCAGGUCACGGACGCAGUGCAGACGGUGGGCUGCGCAGCGGACAUCGUCUAC